UGGAAGAUUCCAGUGAUGAAAACAUGGGAAAAAAUCCUUUAUUAUGUUCAAACAAAAGACAAGCAUCUGAUUCUCCUGUAUCAAGUGAAGAAAUAAAACGAUUCGCAAAUAACACAAAGCCAGUUAAUGUAAGAAGGCAUCUAAACUUUGAUGAAGGUUAUGUCCAAACUAGUGGCGGAAUUGAAAAACACCAAAGAAGUAGUGAUGAUGAAUGUUAUAUUAUUAAGAUUGUAGCGUCCCCUUUCAAAGUUACAAAUGAUUAUUCUUUUGAAUGUGAACAAAAAAGCCAAAGUGUGCCAACCAAAAAAUUGAGUAAGCUGAUUGAAAAUAAAGUAUUCACUCCCAGUUCAGCAAACAGGCACAUCUAA